AUGCAUCCCCUGCGGCAGCCACCAGAAUUAGGGAGAGCCGCCGUCACCCGCCACAGCGCCACAGAACUUCGCCGCUUUAAGCUUUCGUCCCAGAUAAGAAGCGACUUCGUUUUUCUCAGCAAGCUCACAAAGCUCACUCCUGCCGCUGCUCAUCGCCGCCUUAGCCGCCAACUGCCUGUGCCUGCUCAUGCAUCUAUUGCUGUCCACGAUGAGGGGAGCUACCUGAAGCUUGCUAUUCUGUCUGCUCCCUUCGUCGUGUGCACCCAUGUGUCGGCAUUUGGUUGCGCCCAAGACGACGAGCACAUGUCUCGACAGCCCGACAAUGAUGUACCGUCAUCAGACUCGGCCCGCCCCAGCGGCCUCAGCAACGUACUCCGAGGCCUCACCAGCUCCAGGAGCACUCGCUCGCCACCUCACAUCGCAUCGUCUGCUGCAGCUCAGCCAAAAACCGAAUUUGUCAAUGCCACGCCCAUCCACUCUCGCGGUCUCGCCACAAACCACAUGGAUGCUCUUGAGCUUCUAAGAUCCGGCAUUCCCGCCGAGCGCAUCUCCGCCGCAGACACUCUGCGAUACGCAAUAUCCGAAUACCCGUUGAAUCCCGUCCUCGACAUAUGGUAUGCCGCCAAGGACUUGAUCGACGAACAGAAGCCCUCGGCCGUCCGAGUCGCCGGUUGGGGGCUUCUGACCGAGUGCGUCAAGCAUACAUCCUCGACAGACCUUGAAAGGCAGGAAUAUUUCCAGACAGUAGCCGCCCGCGCUCACCCCGACGAUUUUCACAUGCAGCUCGCCGCCCUCGUUGACCUGACUAAUGGCGGCCGCAAAUUGGCUGGGUUUGACUAUGAAACAAUUCCUUUACUGAUAGAGUGGCUCGAUCGAGCUUACAAUGCCGCCAGGCAGGCCCGCAAAAAUGCUGCCAGAGGCUCCAAAUCAUCUAAACGGGCAGCUGCAUCGGGCGAGGACCAAAAUUUGGCGCAGCUCUUCUCGUUCAUCCACGAUGUCAUGAAAUUCGGCUACAAUACAGCCAGCGAGGCCACCGUGUCCAAGCUCAUCGAUAUGGUGCUCAAUAUUUGUAUGAGCACUAGCGUCGAAGAAGACCUCAAAUCCUGUAUUUCUAUCAUCGAUGUCAUCGUUACUUUUGGCUCUAUUCCCAACGACAGACUCAAAGAGUGCGUCCAGGUCCUAGGCUCCAUCUUCUGCCUUGUCCCUGGUCUUCAUAAGGGCUCUUGGCAUACACUAGCCAACCUCUUCAAAUCUCACAAUGGUCAGGCCACCGUUCGUAUUUUGCUUGAUAUCCUUCGAAACCUAUCUCCGGAUUCUUCCAGCGACAAAGACACCAGCAGGGAGAUUCGUGGUGCACUUGCGGUACUUCAAAAGCUUCUGGCUAAGAGCACAGAGAAAGGCUACCCAAGUGUCCCAUACGCUCUGCUGGUUGACGGCCUCGCAACUGCUCUCAAGGCAUCAACUUCUAUAAGAGUAUAUGGCGCAAUCAUACAGCUCCUCAAUACUUUAUUCGAUGACGGCGCUGGUCAAAUGCAUAAGCUGAUUCUUGACGAGGAUUGGUCCGUUGCCCUGCGCGUGUGCGCCGAGUGUUACAAACGUGUCAUCGCAGUUGUUGAUAAGACUCCCAAUGAAGAAGCUGCGCAAGAAUUCCUCGUGACCGAGCUAGCAACCCUGAUUACACGUCUCGACCUUUUGAUGAACCAGAAGACAAUCAACUAUAUCCCUCGCCAGACAAUUGUCAACUUCUUUACACAAGCCCCGGAGAUGCUCUCUGAUGCGACCGCCAUUACCGUCCUCAAUUACUUUCAGGAAUUCAGAUGCUGCUCGCCCUCCGACUUGGACUGGGAGGAGAACAUAUCUCUAGUCCUGGGGGCCUUUUUUCUCAAUCGCAAGCGGCCCUCCAAGACCCGACUUAUCGCGCUGAACACAAUUAUGGAUGCUUAUGACGUCGUGGAAUUGGUCGGCGAUGGAGCCGAGCAGAAUUUCAUACCCCGCCUGACGAAGCGUAUCAUUCAUGAUGUUGCAGAAGAGUCUGACAUCCCUGUCCUCAAGGCCACCAUGGUGUUCAUCGUUUCUGUGGCCAAAUCUUGCGAUAUGGAACUGUUCAACUAUAUCAUGGACACCCUGAAAGGUAUUGUCCCGGACGAUCGAGUUACGUCUCCUGUCGUAGGCUCCACGCCGAUAAUCCCCAGCCUCGACGGCGACCCCGAAAGACGCAAUCAGUUGUCCGAGGAAUCGCCCUCAAAUACUGUGACGCGAGCUUAUGUCGCCAUGUUCUUACAGUUGAUGAAUUCUCAUCAUGAAAAGAGUGUUUCACUAUUCAAGGUUUUGGUUAACGUUGUCAAAUCAAACCACUGCGAAGUUGACGCGCGGUUAUCUGCUAUGAAGCUGCUAUUCAGACUCCGUGCCGACUGGGCCUACAGAAUAUACGUCACUAACGAUCUGGAUAUUGAUUUUCUGGCGUCUUCAAUUUGUCGCACAGAGGCGGCUCUCGUCAAGAAAAAGAGCGAAGAAGCCGCGGAGACGAUACGCCUCGCUCGAAACGACCACACAACCCAAGGUCGCCCGGCAAGAGGCGUCUCGUUCAGCCACAGUGACAGAGGAAUACCUUAUCCUGAUUCGAAGGCUUUGCCUUGCGAAGCUCCCGCCACAAUUAGCCCCAUCCUGGUGUCUCAUGUAGAGUCAGACGAGUCGACAGAUUCAUCCUCCUCGGCCUCGUCCGCGCCGGCAACGACCAAGGCACUAGACAUUGCUGCAUGGAUGGAUGGGAUUCUUUCCAUACUGCAGGGUGCUAACUGGGAAGUAUAUAGCUUCGUGCUGGUACACUUGCCGCUGCAGCUCAGCAAUCAUGCCAUUUUUCAGGCCGCUGUUCCGCAAGUACAGGAUUUACGCAAGGUAUUGUGCGAUCAUUUGCGAACAAAUACGCUUCCCGAACCGCCAAAUAUACAUGGUCUCAGAAAGGCAGAUGUAGCUAUUUGUCUAUAUCAAAGUCUGACAAUGAUUCUAAGCUACCACGAACACUUUCAAAAGUCCGAGGAGGACGAAAUUGUCAAGACUUUUGCACAGGGCAUUUCCGGAUGGGAACGCUCUGCCAAGGCAUGCAUCCAUGCGCUCUCAAUCUGCUGUCACGAGCUUCCACUAUCGAUGAGCAAAUCGUUGGUCCAAAUAUUGACGCAGAUGGCGCAGAUUAUCACGCAGCCGCACGUGUCUGUCCAUAUUCUGGAGUUUCUCUCAUGCUUAAGCCGAAUGCACAACGUUCAUGUCAACUUCAGGGAAGAAGAGUUCCGCACAGUUUUGGGCAUUUGUUUUCGAUAUCUUGACUACGCAAGAGAAAAGCGACAUUCCAACCGGAGCAGCAGAGCCAGCGAGGCAUCAACACCUGUAACACCUCAAUCUGGCCAUCCCGAAACUAGCAACAGCCCUCCAUCAGACGACUUGCCGCAAUACGUGCACGCCAUUGCCUACCAUGCCAUCAUAUUUUGGUUCUUGGCCCUUAAGCUGCCUGAUAGGGCCAACCAUGUAUCAUGGAUUGUUAGAAAGCUGUUCACCGAUAUGGAUGGGCCAAGCCAACAAGUUGAAGAGCAAGCUGUGACUUCCGUCGACUUUAUGCAGCGUGUGACGUAUGCCGAUGCGGAUGAAUCUGCCAAGGACCCGUACUUUACGGAAGACCGGUUUGGUCCGAUCGGGAAAAAGCGAUGGCUCAUAGGAAACAGCAUUGUAACCGUGAAGCAGGCCGCACUCACAGGCUGGGCACAUGUGGUCAAAAGACAGCCGUCGGGUACUUCGGCCUACACAAUUCGAGAAGCCUAUCGACCGCCGCCGCUACACCAAAUUGAGAAUCACUUAGACAUUGGCAGGGAAGGCCAAUCGACGAGCCAUGCGAUCUUGCCGAAUCACAUCCUGGUGCAACUACUGUCGCCUAUUCCGCAGGGCUUUGACGGUGCUCGACCUAUUACACUACCAGAUGACGAUGCUGUUGAUCGAGCUAUUCGCGUCUUUGAUCGAAGCUCUAGCCUUGAUGGACACAAGGUUGGGGUAAUCUACAUUGGCGAAGAGCAGACUGAUGAGACUGAAAUUCUGGCCAACAUGUCCGGAAGCAGCGACUACAUUGAGUUCCUCAACAACCUGGGCACUCUGACCAGACUCAAGGGGGCCACAUUCAAUACCCAGGGACUGGAUCGCGAAUACGACUCGGAUGGCGAGUACACAUUUUGUUGGCGUGAUAGAGUGACCGAGAUUGUGUUCCACGUCACGACGCAAAUGCCAACCAACCUUGAGCGGGAUCCUUCUUGUACCAACAAGAAGCGGCAUAUUGGGAAUGACUUCGUCAACAUCAUUUUCAAUGACUCUGGCAACCCUUUCAAAUUUGAUACCUUUCCCAGUCAGUUCAACUUUGUCAACAUUGUCAUCACCCCGGCCUCGCGAGCCUCGUUCAUCGUCCGACGAGAGACAAAGCCCGAGACAGAUUUGGGUCAACCAUUCUACAUGGUGAAGGUCAUGAGCAAGCCGGGGUUUCCGCCGAUUUCGCCGGCGUCAGAAACCAAGAUGGUAUCGUUGAAAGCGCUACCCGGGUUUAUUCGACUGCUGUCACUCAAUGCGAGCAUGUUCGCGAUGGUGUGGCACAGCCAGGAAGGCGGAGAGCAUAUUUCUUCUUGGACCAGUCGUCUUCGCGAAAUUAAACGUUUGCGGGAACGCUAUGGAACUAAGAAUGUGGCUGUGGCUCCUUCGCCUCCCGGGACAUCCUUGUCGGGUGGCCCAACACCAGGAUCCGGAGAUGGCUCGCGACCAAGCAGUAGUGUGCGAGACAGUCUAAACAGCCUUCGCCGAACCAGUGUGGCGACAUUUUUCACCAGCACUAGUGAACAGACGUCUCAUCGGUCGUCUGUCCUAUCUACAUCUACAACCACCAACGACACGGAGGUUGGGCUUUUGGCCAAUCCUGCCUGUUCUGUUGUGGAUUCUGUAGACUUCACGAAAUGGGCCUCUUAG